AUGAUCAAUUUAAGGUACUACAAAACAACAGGAAGAGGUUGGAUUAACGAAGACGAAGAAGAAGAAGAAGAAACAACUGGUGGUACACCGAUAGUUAGAGGCUUUCGUUUUGAACAAUGUGUAACAGCUGAAAUAUUAUUAACGGUGCGCCUUUGCUCUUUCAAACUGACAUAUUCAGCAGAGCGCAUUGCUAGGGAUCUUACAGAUAUUCAAGUCCCAGAAGAAGAGCAACCAAAUAUUAUCGCCAAAGUGUUUCGGUUGAUUGACGAACAAGACGUCGUCCCCUUCCAGACUAUUGAAGUCAACAUUGAGGACUUCACUGCGCAUUUGAGACGCCGUCACCCAGUUGUACCUAGUAGGAUUAGUGAGACUGAAGUCAAGUAUAUUCCUGCGACUAAAUCAUCCAUCGACGGUUUGGAGAAAGUGAGAUUACUUGAUCUCCAAGGCCUGUUAAAAAAAGGAGCAGCAGCUAAUGAUACAACGUCGCUUUUCUGCGUUAUUUGCAUGGAGGGAUUUUUCAACGUUGACGGCCAAGGUCAUGAUCACGUUGAUGAUGAUCGAAGUCCACCACUUGCUCGCAUGCCCUGCAAGCACCUUUAUCAUGGAGACUGCAUUGUUCAAUGGUUGGAGACGAGCCAUUUGUGUCCCUUGUGCCGAUACCCAAUGCCAACGAUGCCAUGA